CAGAAGCAGGAGAGCGCGCGAACACUCUGAGGAGCCACCUUAGCUGCACAAGCGCUGUUAGGGGAUCCGUAGUCAUUUUGGCUCAAGUCCGCUGGCCCAAGUCACUCAAGCAUGACGUGUGUGUGGGUGCUGCAGGCUCAUGCCUGCUACGCUCUAGAGAGGGACCAGUGCUAAAUCAAAUUCUCGCUGGGGCGGGCGUUGGACCACGUCGUGCAGGCCAUGACUGGGAAGAGCAUCGUGUCUCACUCACGGGACGGCGACGCGGAAGUUGUUGUCCCUUUUUAUCGGCAUCAGUUGGUCUGUGCAGGCGGGCACGUCGAGGAUGAUUUGGCAGCCGCGCAUUGCAGACGUGUUGGGAAUCUUUUCGCAGUGGCUGUUCUGGGCGUGGCCGUUGUUCUCAGCGUGGUAGCUGCUCUCUCGCUCAUACCCAGACCCAUUAAUCCCCUUCACACUCAGAGUGCGUCUAACUCUAGCCUUGGAGCAGCAUUGUGCAUCGUGGGCCAACUGUCGCGGUUGGAGAUUGAGAGCAAGAGCCGUAAUAUAAUCGAACCAUUGUCAAAGUUUACAAAGGUAGAUGUGUUCUUGUCUCUGGAGAUCGGCGGUGACGGGCACUUCUUCAACGCUGCAACAUCAGACGUCGAAGUUACCUGCCGCGGUUCGGAGCUGGACGCGGAUGGGGUAAGAGCAGCGUUUGCACCGUAUUUCAGAGAUGGAGUGUUCGAGAACCAUUCGGGCGUGAAUGUCAACCUGAAGAGGUGGCCGCAUUUGUACAAAGAUUUGCACAGCAUGUCAGAAGAUUCACGGAGGUCGACAAUUUCCAACAAUUUCGGCCAAAUGAGACACCUGAAUGAUUGUGCGGAUCUUAUCAAAAAGAGCGAGGAGUCUUCAGGGGGCAAACUAUACGACAUCGUAGUAAAGGUCCGCGACGACACCAUCGCAUUGCGUCCUGUGGUGCCGCAGAAGCUCCUAUCAAUCAGAGAAGUCACCCUCAAGCAUUGUAGUUGGUGGGGUGGCGUCAAUGAUAAAGUGAUGGCGCUCCCGCGCGAGUAUCUCGAGAAGAGCUUGGGCACCAUAUAUCAUUCCAUGCUGGCCGUCAAUAACAACGAUCACCUCGACCUCUUCCUGUUGCGCUUGGCGGAGUCCAAAAACACGGAGCAGAUUGUGUUGUUCACGCUCACCGGAAAUAAGAUCCCUUUUCGCGAGAGGACGUUCGAAGCAGGAGAUCGAGAUGGUGACGACUACCUGCCCUUCGUGGACGGCAGGUGCUAUGCCAGCGGGACACCUGGAGGCGAGGGACGCUGGUGCAUCGUGUCUCACUGCAAGGACUGCUGGCCGAGCAUGCCCUGGACGUACAACGUCUCGUGCGAGCUGGCCGUGACUGGCCUGGAGGCGCCGGUGACCUCUGGCCCCAGCGCGACUCUCGAGCAGACGCUCGCAGAUCCCGACCCGGAGCGGGCGUGCAAGAGCCCAGGCUACAGAUGACGGGCCCGUCGGCUUUUCGGGCUGCCGAGGCGGGCGCGCUUCCCCGUGGCCCUCGCCUGGGCCUGCAGCGGCGGCACCGCCGCUUGCCAUAGCUGCCAGUCUGCGGCCAGGCCCCGCGCGGGCGGGGCGCCAGGGGUGGGGGGCAGCCGCUGCGUGGGGAACGCGCGCGCGCUCGGGAUCGCGGGGUCCGAGUGCCACUGCCAGCGAGGGGCACGCGCCGUGAGGGCCGUAACGCUUCUGGCUCGCGUCUGCGGCGGCGAGCGCUGCAUAUUCCCAGACGGCGCCGUCGCAAAGACUACACACGGCUGGCAGGGUGUCUCGGUGCACCUGUGCAUGUGUGCAGAUCCGACCUCGAAUUAGAGCGCUACGAUGCAAACAACACAGCGCUGUUAGGGGAUAGUGGAUCCUGGCUAUAAAACGAAUGUGCGCGGCUCUGAGGCGAAAACCACAUUU